UACUGGUGCGAGCAGGGGCGGGGCUGGGAGUGGCGGGGCACGGCUGCCGGUGCUCGGGGGUCCGGCUCUGCCCCGCACGCCGCCGGUUCUUCCGUCCCCCGUCAUUUCCUGUGGAAGAAGAUGGUGGUCACAGCUGGCAGCAGCAGCAGCGGCGGCGGCGGAGGGGAGAGGAGGAGGAGCCGGCAGCGCUGAGAGCAGCGUCCCCCACACCGGCCGCCCCGGGACCCGCAGCGCCCGCACAGGGCAACAUGAGUGAAAGUGGCAAGGAGUGCCGGGUGUCAUACAGCCCCGGCCUUAGCGACAUCGUCAGGGUGAAGGCAGAAGUGGGGUCCCCAGUAGAAAAGCGGACUUACAUCAAGCAAUGCUCUGCAGGGCCCAACUUGCGCUGCGUGGACCUGGAACCCCGGAGGCUGAAAGAGAAGAGAGAGGUUGCGAUGUCUAAGAGUCUCCAGCAGGUGGACUUCUGGUUUUGUGAGACCUGCCAGGAAUACUUUGUAGAUGAAUGCCCCAGCCAUGGAUCCCCCCUCCUGGUACCAGAUACGGUGGUCCCCAUCGGGGUGCACGAUCGGGCAGCGCUGACGGCGCCAUGCGGCAUUGAGGUGGUAAAGGACAGUAGCGGAGAGAGUGAAGUUCGCUGCAUCAAUGAGGUUAUACCCAAGGGGCACAUCUUCGGACCAUAUGAAGGGCAGAUCUCUUCACAGGACAAAUCCUCCGGCUUCUUCUCCUGGCUGAUAGUGGAUAAUGACAACCGGUAUAAAUCCAUCGAUGGAACAGAUGAAACAAAUGCUAACUGGAUGAGGUACGUGGUGAUCUCGCGGGAGGAACAGGAGCAGAACUUGAUGGCUUUUCAGCACAGUGAGAAGAUCUAUUUCCGCGCAUGUCGGGAUAUCCAGCCCGGAGAGAAGCUCAGAGUCUGGUACAGUGAUGACUACAUGAAGAGGCUGCAUAGCAUGUCUCAGGAGACUAUUAUCCGCAACCUCACCCGAGGAGAAAGAGGUUUGUUAAGGGAAAACAAUGACAGACUCUUGGACAACCAAGAAGAUACCAAGGGCCCGUUUCCACUCACAGCCCUUAAGCAGGGGAAGAGCCUCUACAAGCGAAGCUGUGAGGAUGGGGACUUCAAUUCUCAUACCAAAAAGAAAAAAAUUGAUCUAAUCUUCAAAGAUGUUCUAGAGGCUUCUUUGGAGUCUGCUAAAUUGGAAGAACAUUCUCUGACGAGCAGCCCUAUAGCGGGGAAAAAGGUCCCCAAAUAUCAGUUUGAGGACCAUGGAGAUAGAUGCAAAGCAAACCAAAAGUGUUCUCCUGUCCAAAACCAAACUAGAACCGUGACGGAGUGGAAGGUCCCCCUUGCUUCUGCUCACGGGAUAGACAGGGAGCCCAAUCUACCAGAUGAUGAGAGGGAAGAUCACUCAUCUAUAAAGGUAGAAAGCCCCGACGAGUUCUCUGCCCUUGGUGACACGGACGAGAUCCCCACCACUUCUUUCUGUCCCAACUGUAUCCGAUUAAAGAAGAAGAUACGAGAACUUCAGGCGGAGGUGGAGAUGCUCAGAUCUGGAAAGAUCCCAGAAGUACCUCAGUUACUUCCUCAGAAAACUGAGGUGCCAGAGUUCUCAGAUACUUCAGCCCCAGAAACCAUGUCCAUUGCUCCCACCAUGAUGGAAGACGAUGACCAGGAAGUGGACUCUGCCGAUGAGUCUGUCUCCAAUGAGAUUCUGACAGCCAUCGAUGAGCCCUCAAAGAUGUCUGUAGCCUCUGGCAGAAGAAUACGCCGUUUCAAGCAAGAGUGGCUUAAAAAAUUCUGGUUCUUGAGGUACUCCUCAACUUUAAAUGAGAUGUGGUGUCACGUUUGCAGGCAGUAUACCGUACAGUCCUCCAGGACUUCAGCCUUCAUCAUUGGUUCCAAACAGUUUAAGAUUCAUACUAUAAAGCUCCACAGCCAAAGUAACCUCCAUAAAAAGUGCUUGCAGCUCUACAAGCUCAGGAUGCACCCAGAAAAGACAGAGGAGAUGUGCAGAAACAUGACUCUACUUUUCAACACAGCAUACCACUUGGCUAUGGAAGGCAGGCCGUACUACGACUUCCGACCUCUAGCAGAACUACUGAGAAAGUGUGAACUCCGCGUAGUUGACCAGUACAUGAAUGAAGGAGAUUGUCAGAUAUUGAUCCAUCACAUUUCAAGGUCUCUUAGAGAAGAUUUGGUAGAGCGCAUUCGACAAUCUCCUUUCCUAAGCAUUAUUUUAGAUGGGCAAAGCGAAGACCUUCUCGCGGACACAGUGGCGGUCUAUGUCCAGUAUACCAGUAACGAUGGGCCACCGGCAACAGAGUUUCUCUCUCUUCAAGAGCUGGGCUUGCCUACCACUGAGAGCUAUCUCCAAGGAAUUGACAGGGCUUUCUCUGCUCUUGGGAUCCGACUGCAGGAUGAAAGGCCAACUGUAGGGUUGGGUGUUGAUGGGGCUAACAUAACUGCUGGACUAAGAGCGAAUAUGUACAUGACAAUCAGAAAAACCUUGCCUUGGCUACUGUGUUUACCUUUUAUGAUCCACAGGCCUCACUUAGAAAUUUUGGAUGCAAUUAGUGGGAAAGAACUUCCAUGUCUGGAAGAAUUAGAAAACAACCUAAAGCAGUUACUUAGCUUCUACCGGUACUCUCCCAGAUUGAUGUGUGAACUGCGACUUACUGCUGCAACUCUUUGCGAGGAAACUGAAUUCCUGGGUGAUAUCCGGGGGGUGAAAUGGAUUAUCGGUGAGCAGAACGUGCUAAAUGCUCUAAUCAAGGACUACCUAGAAGUGGUGGCCCAUUUGAAAGAUGUCAGUGGUCAAACUCAAAGGGCCGAUGCUUCUGCAAUCGCAUUGGCCCUCCUUCAAUUUCUCAUGGAUUAUCAGUCAAUUAAGCUCAUCUACUUCCUGCUGGAUGUGAUCGCAGUCUUGUCACGCCUGGCUUACGUCUUCCAGGGCGAGUAUCUCCUCGUGUGCCAGGUGGAUGAGAAGGUGGAGGAAGCCAUUCAAGAAAUUAGUCGGUUGAUAGAUUCCCCCGGUGAAUACCUUCAAGAAUUUGAGGAAAACUUCCGGGAAAGCUUCAACGGCAUUUCUUUGAAAAACUUGCGAGUGGCGGAGGCAAAGUUCCAGUCAAUCCGCGAGAAAAUUUGCCAGAAGACCCAGCUCACCUUGGCCCAACGGUUUGAUUCCCGUAGCCGGAUAUUUGUUAAAGCUUGCCAGGUUUUUGAUUUGUCUGUGUGGCCCAGGAGCACUGAGGAGCUCAUAAGCUAUGGUGAGGAGGAAAUGCUGCAAAUUUACGAACAUCUGAACAGCAUUCCUUCCUUUUUGUCUGAUAUAUGCAGGGAGGGCGCCGACAGCAGGGGCAGUUUGCUGAUGGAGUGGAGGGAGCUCAAGGCAGACUACUGUACCAAAAACGGUUUCAAGGAUUUGAUUGGCCACAUCUGUAAGUACAAACAAAGGUUUCUCCUCUUAAACAAGGUAGUGCAAAUCUUAAAGGUCCUUCCUACUUCAACGGCCUGUUGUGAGAAGGGACGCAAUGCCCUCCAAAGGCUGCGCAAGAACAACCGUUCUCGGCUGACCUUAGAUCAGCUGAGUGACCUCUUGACCAUUGCAGUAAAUGGCCCGCCCAUCACUAAUUUUGAUGCCAAGAGAGCUUUGGACAGUUGGUUCGAGGAAAAGUCGGGCAAUAGCUAUUCACUGUCAGCCGAAAUGCUCAGUAAGAUGUCCUCUCUUGACCAGAAACCCAUGCUUCACUCUAUGGAACUUGGUUCAGAGUAUUACCAAGACAUUUAGAACGCUACAGAUGUGGAACUGUUAGCAAUGUUUUUUCUAUCUAUACUCUAAGUUUUGUUAUAUUAUGAAAAAAAAUAUAAAAAUAAAUAUAUAUAUUAUAUAUAUAUUAAUAGAAAAAAAAUCCCACUAAAUAUUUACAAAUGAUAAAACCCCUUUUUUUUCUGGUUGGAAAAACUCACAAAAGCUAUCAAAUGUAUCUAUGGCAGCUGGAAUUAAGGAGCACGGUUUACUUACAGACCCAAACAGGAUGGAACCUAUAAUCUCCAAAAUCCCCCCCAACAACCAGAUCAAGUUUAAAUCAACCAGGUACUGUUUUUGUUUUGCAGUUGUCACUCCCCCAUUUUUAUUUUUAUUUGUUCAUGACCCAGACUAGAAAUUUAUUUUGGGACCCAGACAAGUCCACUAAAUCCUAUUCAUUGGUGAGGAUAUAUACAGUAUAUGUAUUCUUUUUAAUUUAAUCUAUAUUUUUUAUCUAAUUUGUAUUAUGUCUUAAAUUGUUUUACUAUGUUCAGGAUAAGUAAAAUGUAUCUACAAUAUAAUUUUAAAGAUAAACAUCACUGAAUGGGUUACCUUUUUUAUCACUGCCUUUCUGUCCAGGGUACCAAGGGGUGAUUUUGGGUCCAAAGCAAACUAGCAGCACUUUGCGGGGAAUCGUUAAGUCUUUUGCUGAAACCCAGGACAUACUGUACACUGUAGUGGUUACUCUAUGUUUGUAGCAAAAUCCCUCCUGACACCUCUAGUUAUUGUAAUCACACAUGAUGUGUACUUGUUUAAUUGGUUUGGGAUUUUUUUAGUUUUAACCAAUUUUUGUUGUUGCAGAAAAUUGCUAGUUAAAUAGGGGAUUUAAAAAAAAAAUUCAUGGAGAAGUGAAAAAAAACCUUUUCUCUCUUGAUUUUGUUGCUAAGCUAAUUCAUUUUCUGCAAAGUAUAAGCUAGUGAAUAAUAUGUUCUGCGUGGUGCCACAUGACGAGACAACAUACUGUAUAGUUUCUUAUUUUAUCUCCAAUUGUUAUCAUUACACAGUACCAAAGCAGCUGAUUCAUGUUCUGUAGUGUAAGAAAGUGCGGCCUCACUGUGUUACACAAACCUUUUUUCUUAAAUAUCUCAAAAAUGUUAUUAGAUGCAAAAACAGUUGACCAUAGGCAGAAUCCUGUCUUCUGCUACUUCACCACAGCAUUCAUAAAGAGAGUUUACUCAUUGAAAAGUGGGUUGCAAUUUUGCUCAUUUGCAUACCUUCAGUUGUUUGAUAAUCAUGCUUAUUAAAUCACAUUUCCAAUAGCCCAGUGUUUCUUAUCUCCCCCUACUGAGUGAUGUACUGCCUGCGCUAACUCUCCCUAGGAGAUGACGCACACUUUGCGUUUUCCCCUCACCGCUCACUAGAGUUCUCUUUCUGCAUAAAUGUGAAAGGUUCAAAGCACUUCCAUCUGAUUCCAUAUAGCUUUGUCCAUCAUUGGGUUAUACUCUUUUGAAGAAGUAGCUGGGGCUCUCCAUGCAAAUGAUCUUUUAGUAGUCUGUGACUUAGUGCCCCGGUAGACCGCCUUCACCUUCAGGAGCCAUAGCAGACACCACCCCUUGGACAGCUAUUGCUCCGACCUGGGUUCAGACAAUAUACAGAAUUUGUCCACAUUAGCGCCUCACACACAAGAGAGUUAGUUUUGCGUAUGGUCCUAGCUAGUUAUUGAAACGGAAACGAUUGUUUACAGAGACCCUUUGCCCACAUUCUGUGUUGGUAUGAUUUAACUUUUUUCCUGUACGAGUCAUACAACUGCGGGGAGACUGAUCCAUGGACCUAUUAUAGGUCGGGCCUAGGCUGAUUUCCCUAAAAACUUGCAACGUCUUGGAACCAUGCAUAUCUGUCUCGAGUGUCUUUAGACUGCACGAUCAGCCGCACCAGCUUAUGGCAGCUGCAGUUUCUCUGUCUGGGAAUAGCCUCCUGUGUGAGCAGUUCACCAUCUAUUGAUGCAGGUGCUUUCAGCGACACAACCAUGUCUGCUUAACUACCCCGUUGUUACCUCCAAGGGACACCCACUAAGAUCCAUGAACUGUGUGUUCAAACCUGUACUGCAUCUCUGAGCGGUACCAGAGCACAAGCGCAGGCUUACACUGCAUGCUGCAUAAACACUGCAUCCACCUGAAUCAGCCCCUUAGUGUCUUCAGCCUUAUGCAGUGCUCCCUGAUUUCUAAAUGUCUUUCCUUGUUCUAAAAAUUCUACUUAUAUUUAAAAGUAUAUCUUCCUGAUCCAUAUUAACACCUAUGGUAUGUUAGAAUGUCUCUCUCGUUAGUUUUGUCCCUUCUCUCCCCUCAGCUGUACACGUUGCGCCUGUGUAAUCUUCACUGAUACAUAUGUUAUGCAGCCCGUGCACCUUACCUGUGACCCACCCAUAAAUCUAGAACUCCAAGGUUCUGUCCUCUGUGCUGUAGAAAGCGAAAUGUAAUGUCACACUUGGCGUAACGAGCAGGAUUUAUCCUCUUGUGAAAGUCUGUAGUGAUAUUGAGCAUGAUUCAGAGAAGGAUUUUUUCCCCCACAAAUGGAUGAUAUUUUGUCUACUGCACAUGCGUCUGAGCCGCACUGCAUAUUUCCCGGAAGGGUCUUAGGAUCUCUGUCACAAUGUGAAUCUAGAUGCAGUUAGAUUGACAGCCAGCAACCACUUUAUGGAGAUCACUUGACGUUGCAUCAAUGUUUGCCUUGUCUUUGAAAAUCAGUGUCUAAUGCAAACUCUGGUUCUGUGCUAUUCUGACUAAACCACUAAAUGGUUAGCUACCAUCUAGAUCUAGAUUGCUGUGGGUAAACGAAGCAAGAGAAAUUAAAAUACCAAACCUUCCCUGAUCUUUAGUGAUAUUCUUGGUUUGUAGGUUCCCCAGUCCAUGUAAAAGCAUAUUGCAGGAGAACAUAUUGCUACUCGGGUAGGUCUUGUGUCCAGUUAAUGGUGGUGUUACUGAAACCUCAUUUCCAUUGAGGACUGGCAUACAUACAGCUGCCUGCAUGUGUUAGGCUCUUAACAAUGAAAAUCAGUGCAUAAUUUUUUAUAUACACAUAUAUAUAUAUAUAUAUAUAUAUAUUCGACAUUUCAGGGAUCAUCCUCUCUUUUAUUAAGACAUAUGAUAUGUGUGUGUGUGUGUGUAUAUGUGUGUGUGUAUAUAUAUAUAUAAAAUAUAUAUAUAUAUAUAUAUAUAUAUAUACAGGUGGAGUAUCCCUUAUCCAAAAUUCUGAGAUAAUGACAUAUAUAUUAUGUGUAUAUAUAGAUAUAUUAUAUAGAUAUAUAAUAUAUAUGUGUAUGUGCCAUUAUCUCAGUAGGGGAACCAAAAAUGUGUGAUUUUGGAUAAGGGAUACUCAACGUGUGUGUGUGUGUGUGUGUGUGUGUGUGUGUGUGUGUGUGUGUGUGUGUGUGUGUGUGUGUGUGUGUGUGUAUAUAUAUUACGUCGCAUUCUCCCAACUGGACAACCAGACACAAUCAUGUUCGUUGCUGUAUCUAACGUGUAUAUUUCUUGAUAAUGGGGCACAGCUCGGUCUCGGUCAUAAUGGUUUCAGAUUGCCCUGUCUCAUUUAUUUUUGUUUUCUGGGCCUUCUCUUGGAGAUAGGAAUUAUUUGGGUUUUCCUUUAUUUUCCUAAACCUGAUCCUGAGGUCGGUGUUCAGAAACACUCCUGGGCCCUGGUGCUAUAAAUACAAUCAUAAUGCUGCUAAAAUAUAGCUUUGAAAAAUAAAUCUAUAUAGAUAUAUAAAUCUACAUAUAUUAUUAUUAUUGUUAUUAUUACUAUUGUGUAUAUGCUUUUUUUUUUUUUUCAUUGCCAUUGUUUGGUGUAUUGAUUCUAUGGGUACAAAUCCACGUCUCGAAUGCUUCUGUCAGUCGUCUGUACUUUUCUCACCAUUUCCCUGUUCAUCAUGUUAUUACCUGACUGAUCUGUAAAUGGGAUGUUACUGUUCGCAGGUUAGUUGGGACGUAGCAGAAAGUUAUUUUUAAAUAGUUUUUAAUAUAUUUUUUUCUUUUGUCUGUGUUUUGGACUCUGAGAACGAUCGUAUUCACUCUUAAUAAUUCCGCCAGAGACCUACAUUAAAUGAAGUGCCUUUCAGUGGUGCUAUGUUAUGAAAUCCAUACAGAAUUCAUCUAAUUGCAUGUGGCCCGUAUGUACAGGAACACUUUAAGCACUAGGUGAAUACGUUGCAAUCUUAUUUCAUCGGCUCUGGUUGUACUUGAGCAUCAUUUUAUCAUCUCCCUUUCUACGCCCUGUUUUGUUUGACCUUUGCUGGAUAAUCUAGCGUCGGGUGUCCAUACUCCUCGAGGGGAUCCGGUCUGAAGAUCGACACUGUCUAGGUCGACAGUCACUAGGUCGACUGACAGGGUUGGAAGGUCAACAGAGUUGGAAGGUCGACAGGUCAAAAGGUCCACAUGAGUAUUUCACAUUUGUUUUCUUUUUUUUGGAACUUUUUUGAACUUUUUCAAACUUAACGAUCCACGUGGACUACGAAUGGAAUGGUAAUCUGUGCCGAGCGGUAGCGGAGUGAGGCACCUUCCCUGAAGCAUGGCGAGCCAUGCGAAGGGACACAAUGCACUAAUUGGGGUUCCCAGUCACUCUACGAAGAAAACGACACCAAAACCCCCCCAAAAAAACUCAUGUCACCUUUUGACCUGUCGACCUUCCAACCUUGUCGACCUAGUGACUGUCGACUUGUAGUGGUCGACCUAAACAUUGUCGACCUAGACACUGUCGAUCUAAUGAGCCACACCCCUCCUCGAGGUAUCAACAUUCAUGAGAAUACAUGAGUCCACCAUGAAGCAAUGGCCUCUCCAAGACAUAAGACCCUUUCCCUGACAUAAGGUAGUAAUGUUAUGUAUGCAUUUUCGCUAUGUCGGCAUUGUAACUUUUUUAGCAGGGUGGUAAAGCAUUAAGUUAGAAUGCUGACACAGUUAUAAUGCUUUAAAUGACAUUACAUGUCAGCCAGGAGUGUUUUAACAGAGAAGGGGCGCAGUAGACUCUGGCAUUACAUCUAAUGCGCAUUCGUGGCGGCCAUUUUGAUGGCAGUUGUUUUGUUUUUUUACCGCUGCUGCAGCUCCGAAGCAGGACUCCAGAAAGGUAAGUAAGUAAACAUGGGUGUGGUGUGGGCCCCCUGGACGCCGGACACACUGCACCCGUUGUAGAAACGCCAAUGUUGUCGACAUUACAGUGUCAACAUUCUGAUUGGCAAAAAAUCAUAUCAAACAUGAAAAGAUUAUAUUUGAUUGGCUUCUGCUCAUGAUGGGUAUUUUGUCUGCUAUUCGGUCACCAUUAUUUCAUAAAGUACCAGCCAAUCAGCUUCUAACUGUCAUUUUUCAAACACAUCCUGUAACAUGACAGUGAGGAGCUGAUUGGCUGGUGCUUUAUCUCCGUCCACUUUAUCCCUCUCCAAGGCUUAGUAAAUAAACAUAGAGCGUGAUGUACUAAUAUACAUCGCCGCUAAUCGCAUAUAUACUAACAUAUGCGAUUAGUAUUGCAGUGCGAUGACAGAGGCCCCCUGCGAAACCUGUGUGAGCGUUGGCGGGGGUCUCCGUCACCUCCUGUAGCCGGUCCCGGACUCCCCCCUCCUCCCUACAGCCAGAAUGACAGCUGGCUGUGUUGCAGGGGAGAAGGAGGUUGGGGGAUGAAGGAGCUCGCCGGCAGAAUGACCUCAUGCAGGUGAGGUGGGGCGGCGGGUGCGAUGUGGUAAGAAGCCCAUAGGGUUCUAUAGGGUAUCUCCAUAAAACCCCUCCGCAUCAGUAAACGGGCGGCCAGGAUUUAGUACAUUUGAAAAUGCUGUGAAACCCCGAAAACAGUGUUUUUAUCACAUUUUUCCUUUAGUACAUACCGCACCUAGUCCUUUAUGUAGUCUAAGCUUUGGAGAGAGAUAAAGUACCAGUCAGUCAGCUUCUAACUGAUGGGUUACAGGUGUUUCAAAAAUUAGAGAAGCUGGUUGGUUGGUACUUUAUCUCUCUCCAAGGCUUUUAGUGCAUAGACUGCAUGGUCCUACUAGCAGUGGUGUACAUAGGUUCUUCAGUCUGUAAUGCACUGAUCAUUAAUAGCUGUGGGCACACUAAAACGAAGGUGCAAGACUGUUUAAUAACCACAAGAUGGCGCAUUGACUCUUUCGCACAACAUUCUGCAUGCGACCAGUUAAUUACGUUGUGUUUUCCAUGACUUCUCUGUACUGUAGUGACCCUUUCCAUUACCAACAAUCACUGCAGUGGGAAUGAACAAGUAUUUGGCGGCAUUAAUACGAUUAUACUUUUAGUUCUGUUUUACAUCGCAGUUAACGAAACGUGCGGUGUAUCAUUUGCGAAUAUUAAUCCAGUUCAGCAACUGUUUUUGUUAAAAUAUUUGGAAACAGAAUUCUACAGGACUGAGAUAAGGAGAAUCCGCAGGUCCUGCCAUCCACACAGUUCGCGGAGCAGAUUCCUCUCCCUCCAUUUCACCAGUGAUUGGUUGUUUACUCUGUGUAUCCUGUUACAAUCGGAGCAAAUAGGAUGUGAUUAGCAUCUAGUCACUGGGGGCAUGAACGUGGUGUGGUGAGUAAUGCCUGCAUGACGCCUUCUGUUCCUCACAGAACCACAACAACCCCUGAUCACUAGAUCUUCAUACUCUGCGUAGAGAACCUCUUUUCUCCAUGAUGGCUCCUUCUCUGGUAAUGCCAGUCUGCUCAAAGCUGAUCACAUAACACAGUCCCCAAGCACUAAUUGGUGCCACAGCCUCUCCUACGCCACCAGUGGCGGGUAAGGGCACAGCACUGUUCCGUAAGCUCUUUAGUGUACUAAGAAUGCUUUCCCACUCCUGGAAGGGAUCAAUUUACUUUCUGAUAUCCGCAGAGAGCCUGGGAGGAGGGUACGACGAUGCCAAAGAGUACGAUUCAUCUUCAUCCACCCUGACUGUAGACCUGCCCUCUGUCUCUUGGAGGGCAGGCGUACAGUGUUGGCUGGUAUGCAUUUAUAUAGUGUAGAAUUAACAGAAGAGGACCCGUUACAGAGCCCAGACACCUACAUACCUGUAUGCAACACGCCUAAUCUACAGCAAGGUGAAAAGAUACCUCUUACAUUUGACAGUUCAUUCUCUGGAGCACAGUAUGAUUUUACAUACACCAGAACGUGUCUUUUUAUCUCUUCCAAGGCAAACAAGUCCAGCGUAAAUGCUGCUGCACAUAGGCCCAGAUUUAUUAGGCCUUGGAGAGUGAUAAAUUGCACGGUGAUUACGUAAUCAGCCCCUUACUGUCAUUGUUCAAACAGGCUAUAACAUGACAGUCAUGAGCUGAUUGUUUGCUACUUUAUCCCUGUGCAGUUUGUCAUUUCCUAAGGCUUGAUAAAUCUGGGCCACAGUGUGCGCUGAAUCAAAUGUAUAUACUGUAUCAGCGGAGUUGUGCGCUUUUUGCGAGCAGACCACCGCUAUCCAUAGGUGUAGGAGCUGAUCGAAUUACCUGCGUGUUGGGUCUUGGCAUGAGUAAGCGCAGCCAUUUGCCGCAAUUUAGGUAGCCUCCCACCACACGGAUAUCUGUUCAUGGCCCCAAAGCGUUGUAUACUCAAAUCCAUGAGAUGGGGGCAAGAUGAGGUGCCGUUUCCACGCCAUCGCAAUGGCUCUUUGUCACUCUACAAGAUGAGCACCACAAAUGGACUUGCGUUCAACACUGCACCAGCCUUACUGUGCGGAGGGGGCUUUAGGGGUGAGUUUUGGGCAAACGGUUCAACUUUUAUUGGCUGAGUAACAUUUUGUUAUGAAUAUAAACUACCAGCAGCCAUUUACUUACACGUCUGUGAGUGGUACCAGAUUCAUUUUGUUAAGUGUCCAAGAUACGGUUUUAAUGUUUAUUGUAUGUUUUAAAGUAUGGCAAUAUGGAACUAUGACAUUUUAAUGAUUUAGAUAAAUUAUAAAUUGUUAGAUAAGAUGCUUCUUUAGUGAUUUGGUUCCUGUAAAGAGGUUUAGGGGGACAUUUACUAAGCAGUGAUAAAAGUGGAGAAGUUGCCCACGGCAACCAUUCAGCAUUGACUCAACAUUUAUAAUUUGCAUACUAUAAAAGGAUACAGAACAGCUGAUUGGUUGACAUGGGCAACUUCUCCAUUGGCUCACUUCUCACUUUUAUCACUGCUUAGUAAAUGUCCCCCUUAGUCUUUACAGAUACUAAAGUGCAGGAAUAUCAACAAAACAGAAAAUAUAAUCAUAUUAAAAAUAUUUUUGGGACUGGUCUUUGCAGGCUUUUAUCUAGUGCUGUAUACGAUAUGGAAUUGUCCUCAAUCAUCUGGUGGGAAAAUAUUUUCUUUUUAACCCGCAUCUGCUUUAUAACUGGCCAGUAAUCACAUUGGUGGGGCACAUCUGCUUUAUAACUUGUCGGUAAUCACAUUGGUGGGGCACAUCUGCUUUAUAACUGGCCAGUAAUCACAUUGGUGGGGCACAUCUGCUUUAUAACUGGUCAGUAAUCACAUUGGUGGGGCACAUCUGCUUUAUAACUGGUCAGUAAUCACAUUGGUGGGGCACAUCUGGUGGGGCACAUCUGCUUUAUAACUGGUCAGUAAUCACAUUGGUGGGGCACAUCUGCUUUAUAACUGGCCAGUAAUCACAUUGGUGGGGUACAUCUGCUUUAUAACUGGCCAGUAAUCACAUUGGUGGGGUACAUCUGCUUUAUAACUGGUCAGUAAUCACAUUGGUGGGGCACAUCUGCUUUAUAACUGGCCAGUAAUCACAUUGGUGGGGCACAUCUGCUUUAUAACUGGUCAGUAAUCACAUUGGUGGGGCACAUCUGCUUUAUAACUGGUCAGUAAUCACAUUGGUGGGGCACAUCUGCUUUAUAACUGGCCAGUAAUCACAUUGGUGGGGCACAUCUGCUUUAUAACUGGCCAGUAAUCACAUUGGUGGGGCACAUCUGCUGUAUGGCCAUUUACUAGAAAGAUAUUGCAUUGCAAAUGUGUCCUGACUCAGGUCCAGUGUAAGUGGGAAACAACGUGCAGAGUACUGAUGGGUGGUACUGUGUGCGUGCACCGGAUCGCAGUGCAGCGGUAAAAGUCAGGUGGUUGACAGUCUGCACCAGUUUGGGGGCAGGGAGGGGGGGAACGACCGCAUCCGUUUAACUAGGCCGCUUUGUGGGAGUGACCAGGGGUCAUCGUCACUCAGCCACGGGUCACUCAGCUGACAAGGGUGCGGUAAGUAUGUUCCCCUCCCCUAACCCGAACCCUCCCUUCCUGCUGCCUAAUAUCCCCCUUAGUGCCUACACCUAAUGCCCUUCCCUGCAGCCUAACCCCCCCCCCCCCCCCCCCCCCCGAGUGGUGGCUAAACCUCCCCUCCCCCUGCCUCUAACCCUCCUGCUCUACAUACGGUCAGGAUGCCAAUCUUCGGGCUUCUGACCCUGUUGGGAUUCCGCUGUCAGCAUUUUGCCGGGUUUAUGGAUUCCGGCGUUGCUAUGCCAACUGCUUGUAUCCUGACAGCUGCCAUCUUAACCGCAUGCCCUGAAUCAGGCCUGGUGUACUUAUGAUCUGUAGGUGGCGCUGUUGCUGUGUAUGGAGAUGACUGAUUAGGAUUCAUUAUUAUACACCCUGGUUAUCAACCGAACAAACGUCUUUCCUUAGUAUUAAUUUGAACUGUAAUCCAGAUACAAAUGUCUUAAUUUAGUGUAAAAUAUUAUUGAGGUUUGCUGUGUAUGUAACAAACCGUUUUACGAUAUUUGAUGUCAUUUCUUUGACCACGCCCCUUUGACACCCCUCACCUUUACUCUUCGGGUUGGUAUUCUUCUUCCAUCACCUGCAGGUCACCUACUGUUCUGCAUCGUCCAUGGGGACAUCACUUUAAUCCAAACAAAGCGUUUAUAAUACAAUAUUAUGCAAGGCUCUAUUAUAUAUUGCGGUAUAUAAUAUGCCACGUGUAGGUCUCACCAAAUGCAACGUAUUGCCCCCCGUAAUCUUGGCUUGGUUCAUAAAAGCAGAGCUGAAAGUUCCUCAGAAAUAUUUGUGUCAUGUAUAACCCCAGAACCCAGGGCCGACCCGUGGGCUCCGACGCGCAACACCGAGUAUUAUUACUUGUGUAUUAAUCUCUUACUAUCACAAUUUUGUACGAGUUAUUGCCAUUGCAGACAAUGCGGUUGUGUUCCUGUGUGGUCUCACUAUACACUGGGUACAGACAAAGCUGUUUUGGUAUCAUAGUAUGUACACCAAUAUUUUUUUUUGUCCUACUUUUUGUUAUAAUUUCCCUGUAAUGGAAAUAAAAUCAUUGUUAAUUAAAAAACAAAA